UUCCGCCGCCGGGGCGGGCCGAGCUCGGGGCCGCCGCCGCCGUCAUUGCGGAGGGGACGAUGUCUCGCUGCAGCCCCGCCGCCGCCCGCCUGCUCGGCCGCUUCCUCCGCCUUCAACAGAAUGGAGUCCGACACUGCUCCUACACAGCAUCCAGGAAAAACCUGUAUGUUAACAAAAACACAAAGGUUAUCUGUCAGGGUUUUACAGGCAAACAGGGCACCUUUCACAGCCAGCAGGCAUUGGACUAUGGCACCAAUCUAGUUGGAGGAAUUUCUCCAGGGAAAGGGGGAAAAACUCAUCUAGGUCUGCCUGUGUUUAAUUCUGUGAAGGAGGCCAAAGAACAAACAGGUGCUUCAGCCACUGUCAUCUACGUCCCUCCCCCGUUUGCUGCUGCUGCCAUCACCGAGGCCAUCGAUGCAGAGAUGCCCCUGGUGGUUUGCAUCACCGAGGGCAUCCCCCAGCAGGACAUGGUGCGCGUCAAACACCGGCUGCUGCGGCAGAGCAAGACCCGGCUGGUGGGCCCCAACUGCCCCGGAGUCAUCAAUCCUGGAGAAUGUAAAAUUGGUAUCAUGCCUGGUCACAUUCACAAGAAAGGAAGAAUUGGUAUUGUGUCAAGAUCUGGAACCCUGACAUAUGAAGCUGUUCAUCAGACAACACAAGUUGGGUUGGGGCAGUCUAUUUGUGUUGGUAUUGGAGGUGAUCCCUUCAAUGGAACUAAUUUUAUUGACUGCCUUGAUGUCUUCCUGAAGGAUCCUCAUACUGAGGGGAUCAUAUUGAUUGGGGAGAUUGGAGGAAAUGCUGAAGAAGACGCAGCAGCAUUUUUGAAAGAAAAUAAUUCCGGCCCCAACGCCAAGCCAGUGGUGUCCUUCAUAGCCGGGCUGACGGCUCCUCCGGGCCGGCGGAUGGGCCACGCUGGAGCCAUCAUUGCUGGGGGAAAGGGGGGAGCCAAGGAGAAGAUUGCAGCCCUCCAGAGUGCUGGGGUUGUGGUCAGCAUGUCCCCUGCUCAGCUGGGCAGCACCAUCUACAAGGAGUUUGAGAAAAGGAAGUUGCUGUGAGAGAAGACACUUUGGAAUACUUUCUCCAAAACACCAGUGCAGCACCAGGCCUCCGCUUAUUUUUUGUCUGCUAAUCUUCAGUUGCCCCAAUGACUUGACAUUGGUCAAUGAAUUGGACUUGGAAGCCAUAAACCUCCUGGCUAAACCUAUUUUGGUUGUCUCCUUGUUUCAGACAUUGUCACCCUGUUGUAAAUCACAGCACAUUAAUAAAUCUACUACUAAAUCUGA